GCCACCCCAGGAAUUAGAAUGCGAGGUCUCUUUCGCUGAGAGAUUUAUCUUUUGCGUUUUGGAACUGAGCCUUCCCAGGGUUGGGAGAGUUUCCCGCUGUCUGCUCAGCUCAGCAAGCCGAGAAGCCGGAGAGGUAGCCGGCAGCCUGGAUUCAUUCUCUGUCUUGGAAAAGUGCUUCACUGCUUCGAGAAACCGUGACAUCACUCCUGGCCACAUUGUAGAAUGGUUCUUAUUUUUGUAUUUAAAUGCCAGAAACGUUGGGUCUGUGUCAAAGAAGGCUUCUGGUUUCCGAGGCUGGCAAGGGUAUAAAAUGACAUUUGGCAGAAUUCCAAAUCCAGACGAGAUUUUCCCAAGCACCUACUAUGUUCAGGACACCCUGCAGGGACGUCCUGGAGACGCGGAAGUUCUGGCUUACCCCUCGAAACUCUGAGAGAAAGCGAUGGCUGAAAAAGAAAGAUGAGCUUCUUGAGACUCCCUGUGGAAAUGAUUGAGGAGCCAAGUAAUAAACGGGUCAAACCCCUUUCCAGAGUCACAUCACUAGCAAACCUCAUCCCGCCCGUGAAGGCUACACCGCUGAAGCGCUUCAGCCAGACCCUGCAGCGUUCCAUUAGCUUCCGCAGCGAGAGCCGUCCUGACAUCCUCACCCCCCGGCCCUGGUCCAGAAAUGCUGCCCCCUCGAGCACCAAGCGGCGAGACAGCAAGCUGUGGAGUGAGACCUUCGACGUGUGUGUCAAUCAGAUGCUCACAUCAAAGGAAAUCAAACGUCAGGAGGCGAUCUUUGAGCUUUCCCAAGGAGAAGAAGACUUAAUAGAGGACUUGAAAUUGGCAAAAAAGGCCUAUCACGACCCCAUGCUGAAACUCUCCAUAAUGACAGAACAGGAGUUGAAUCAGAUUUUUGGAACACUGGACUCUCUAAUUCCUCUACAUGAAGAGCUCCUUAGUCAGCUUCGAGAUGUCCGGAAACCUGAUGGCUCAACUGAACACGUCGGUGCCAUCCUCGUGGGCUGGCUGCCUUGUCUCAGCUCCUACGACAGCUACUGCAGCAAUCAAGUAGCCGCCAAAGCUCUGCUGGACCACAAGAAACAAGACCACCGAGUCCAGGACUUCCUUCAGCGAUGUUUAGAAUCCCCCUUCAGCCGCAAACUAGAUCUGUGGAAUUUCCUCGAUAUUCCAAGGAGCCGCCUGGUGAAAUACCCUCUGCUCCUUCGAGAAAUCCUGAGGCACACGCCGAAUGAUAACCCCGACCAGCAGCACCUGGAGGAAGCUAUAAACAUCAUUCAGGGAAUCGUAGCAGAAAUCAACAUCAAGACUGGGGAGUCUGAGUGCCAUUAUUACAAAGAACGGCUUCUUUACCUGGAAGAAGGCCAGAAGGACUCUCUGAUCGACAGCUCGAGAGUGCUGUGCUGUCAUGGCGAGCUGAAGAACAACCGGGGCAUGAAACUGCACGUUUUCCUGUUCCAAGAAGUGCUGGUGAUCACUCGAGCCAUCACCCACAAUGAGCAGCUCUGCUACCAGCUGUACCGGCAGCCGAUCCCUGUGAAGGACCUCCUGCUGGAAGACCUGCAGGAUGGAGAAGUGAGGCUGGGCGGCUCCCUGCGAGGGGCAUUCAGCAACAAUGAGAGAAUUAAAAACUUCUUUAGAGUAAGUUUCAAAAAUGGAUCCCAAAGUCAGACCCACUCACUACAAGCCAAUGACACCUUCAACAAACAGCAGUGGCUCAACUGUAUUCGUCAAGCCAAAGAAACAGUGCUGUGUGCUGCCGGGCAGGCUGGGGUGCUCGACUCCGAGGGACCGUUCCUAAAUCCCGCCGCCGGGAGCAACGAGCCGCAGGGAGAAACGAAACUGGAGCAGAUGGACCAAUCGGACAGUGACUCAGACUGCAGUAUGGACACGAGUGAGGUCAGCCUCGACUGUGAGCGCAUGGAACAGACAGACUCUUCCUGUGGGAACAGCAAGCACGUUGAAAGCAAUGUCUGACAGAAGCAAGUACUUCCUGGAAGUAGCCCCGUGUCUUACCUGUACAGUAUUUGCAUUCCACUCAUGGAACGGUUUGGAGAAGCACUUUUUAAUAUGUCGUGACCGUGUUGACCCAGUCUCUCGUGUCUGUAUCUUUGUCCCCAGUACUGUAACUGCCCGUCUGUCUGUGUAAGCUGGAAUCUGUGGCCUGUUCUCCUGUAUUGUAUUUCACAAGUGUCUGGAUGGAUCAAGAGGUACUUGAACAACUUAUUUUCAAAUGUCCUGCUGGAUUUUUAAAAAAACAGAAAAGGAGUCUCUAAACUACUGCUUCAUGUAGAUUCUUAAAGAGUCCUUCCAUGUUUCCUAGUGCUUUUCUAGCUCUUUGGUGUGGUGGCUGAAGGCACAGAGGUUAGGGGGCCUUGCACACAGGGCACGAGGAAGGCACUCGUGUGCCCUGAUGGCAUUCGAAGGAAAACCGGGAAAGAUCAAUCCUGGCAGUGAACUUGAUUCGAUGUUAUACAACCACAAAGCAUGUAAACAUCCCCGGGGGCCCUGGAGGCUUCAUUUUAGCAAAGGAAGAAAUACCCUCCUGACCUUGUGUCAUCCAGUGCAAAUCUGAUGCAAUAAUCUUAGGACAUGAACUAGAGUCUGGCCUUAACAGGACCAGCACAAACGCACCUGUCAGCUCUGAAUCUUGAACUGAAAUGUGCAUUGCACCUGGAGUCUCUGUCAUCGUAGCUGGCUUGCCUUGGAGAGCCAUUUCUAGCCUAAAACAUGAGAAUAAAUCUCAGAGUGCCUGGGAAAACCCGGCAGGAUAGCGAGGAAGCCCAUCUCCAUUGUGUUUCAUCUGCCAAGGUCUCCAUUGUGUUUCAUCUGUUAGAGCAUCAAUGAAGGGAUGAGGAAAAAGGACUGAAACCGAGUCAGCAACUCUGUUUAUAGAAACGUGAGAAGAAUUUGGAAGAAGUACGUUCAUCAGGACCUUACGCGAGGAAUAGUAAAAGAGAAAAGCAGGCCCAGCACCCUUCUGGAAGCAGCCGGAGCCUCCGGCUUUCCUGCUCUGCUUUUGGGUCCUGAGGUUGCCCUCUCUGGCUCUGUGUUGUGAAUCACAAUUACCUUCUCCAAAGGCCAACUUAAUUAAGUCUAUGAUUAAUUAGGAUCAGGUAGCCAAACUAGUAUCUCUUUGACCAGCCUUGAUUUACAACACCAAGUGGGUCAUAGACCUUUUAAAAAGUUAACUGAAUACACACAAAAGCUCCUGCAAGUGUAAAUAUUAGGGGUGACCUGUGCAAAGUUAUACCCACACCAGCACUAGUAGUGAUGAUGCUAAAUUAUUGCCAAAAAGGUUUUUUUUUAAUCUUCUGUGUCUUUCAAGUUUACAGAAAAGAAAGCAGUAAAUACUAUGUUGUCAUUUUAUUACGUACAGCUAUCCUGUGCAUUCAGAGAAGCGGUGUAACAAGAUUUAUCAAUAUAGAAACAAGGUAUAUUACUUAUUUUUCAAAAACAAAAAAUAUUGUGGUCAAUUUUACCCUGUAAGCUUAUUUCUGUAUUUAUAGAUCUUAAACAUGGUGAAAUUUUUUUCCUAUUGCAAGUUUAUUUAAAACUGCUUCGUUUCUCAAGUUGUUACUGAUUUGGGGAGUGAAUGAACCUGCUGCAGAUAGAAGCAGAGAGAAGGUGUUUGAUGUCGAGGAAAAAGAAUGACUCGUUCUUUGCAGGAACCAUCGGCCACUUUGGCCAGUGCAUCAAGAAAAGAGGUCUGUCAAGAGCUGACCUUCGGGAAGAAAGUCAAUGAAUGUUUUGAUGAAAUGAAUGUUUUUGUAUUAUGGCCUUAAACUUUCUGGGAGUAUUUCCAAUAAAUUACUUUAAAAUGUU